UGAGAAGGCGGGCAGGUGAGGACAGGCUCUUUGGGAAAGGGGGAAAAUUGGCAACGCUGAAUCUCAGGAAGAUUUAAAUCAUUGUUUUUUGGAAUUGUCUAAGCCAGAAAAAGAAGAAGAAAAUUGGAACUAUAGUUGGUUUUGUCCCAAAGAGGGGGAGGGAUGAAUGGCAAUGAUUGAGGAGGAAUUUCUGGGUUAAGAUUUCUGCAGAGACUUGUUUCUUUCCUCAAAAAAGAAAAAAAAAAGUUUCUGUUGGUUGGGCAAUUUUGUCGGUCUUGUUUUAUUUUGGCGGAGUGAAAGUAGACCUUGGCUCGUUUAAUUGUGGCUAAGGAAGACCAGAGCUGGUCAAACCUUGAAAAGAAGGCCACUAGGAGAUGAUGGGGUAUAGGUGGAAAUGGAAAUCUGAAAAUCCUGGAGGAAGGUCAUGGUGACCCACUUCUGAAUUGUGGUUGAAGGAACCUGUAUGGACACAUCGUGGCUUAACUUCCUGGAUAAUUGUUGAGGUUGGACUUCAACCCUCAGGCAUGGAGACGAUGGAGGAAGACAAGAAGGAGGAGGAGAAGAACAGCCACCAGUGGGAAUAUCCGACGAAGACCUCAAAGGAGCGCCUGGAAGAUCCAGAAACUCUUCCUGAGGAGACCGAUGCACUCGGCUCAGAGGAGGAAGAAGCUGACCUCCCUUGGGCGGAAAAUCACAUUUCUUUGCCGAAAAUCGGUCCUCUGAUUGUGGUACCCUCAAGUGGACAUGAAAUCAGGACCCCAACGCCUGAAGAUGAAGAGCUCAAAGAGCAGAGGCAGUCAGUAGAAACCUCCCCAACUUCAGAGAUUCUUGUAGGAGACAAUCUCUUUGAAGCUGGCAGAGAGGAUGGCAAGAGCCUUGGCACCAGGGAUGAUGAAAGAGGUCCAGCGAGCACUGAAAAACUCUCCGAGGCCAGAGCAGAAGAAGGUGGUCCAGGGCUUGUGGAGCAGGAAUCUGCUAAAAGCAUCUCCCUAGAACCCUCAAAAACGAGGUCCACCAGCAGGACGGGUUCAACAACUCCUGUCUUGGGGAGUGAGAAGUCCAAGAUGUCCCUCAGAAGCCAAGAACCACCAAGCGAUAGUGAAAUUACCAGUCUAGAGACAGGGAUGGGGACCUCCCAAAAAGAGAGUGAGACGUCCAGGACCCAAACCACUGCCAGCAGUGCGACUCCAUUCCAGGAGGAAGAUUCAAUUGUGUUAUCGGCCUUCCCAGGGAUGUUGUUUGAGGAGAAGACUCAGCCACUCUCCGAUCACCCUCUGAGCUUGUCGUGGGUCUUUGGCUACAACAGCCAACUGCCUGUUUUCAACCUUCUGGAUGAAGAUCAACAGGUGCUGUUGUACGUCUCUGCUCACACUGCCGUCAUCCAUGACAUCUUGAAGAAUCAACAGUAUCUCCUGCAGGAUUCCAGUCCACACCAUCUUCGACAGUCACCCCAAAGGAGGAGUCAGCGCCAUCACCCUUUCUCACGACUCCAAGUUCCUGGCUACCGUUGGAGCCGAAGAGGUGCAGAAAAUUUCAGUUUGGAAGUGGACCACGCUGGACACCAAGCCAGUCUGCAGUGUGGAAAUCUUGCCUCAAUUUGGAUUCCAGAAUUACAUUGAGUUCAGUCUCCAAACGCCGAAGGAGCUGGUGAGCAACAGCAACAGCCAAGUUAUCUUCUACUUGUGGGAAGAGGAGAGCAAUCUGCUCUACCACGCUCCUCUCUUGACAGACAAAACUUUCAACAAGGCGGUGGGACU